UCCUCACUGGGCAGAGCUGCUUGCCUGAUAUGCCUUUGCAGUGUGCACGUUUGUGUACGUCCACAUUCCUCUGUCUUUCCACUGGCUUCACCUGCGACCACCUGUCCCUGAGAACCCUACUUCCUGAGUGACCCUCGCCCUGUGCUGCCGACAGCUGCCCUUCUUCUCUGCCUCUGCCAGGGAACUUGCCUGCCAUGUGCUGUGGGGGUGUGUUGCCCGUGCUGCUAUGGACUCCAGCGGCUGCUAGAUGUCCCAGCAAGCAGGACGAUGUUUGAAUGCCCGGGUCCCGGAGAUGCUAGACGGCUCCAUGUCUGCGAGAGAACAAACCUGCUUCUUGUUGAAUUUAACACAGUUUCUUGUUCCAGCCGGGAUGCCAUGGAAGCUGAGCUGUGGACAGGACAAGGCUGCAUUGCCCCCUGGAUGCACCACAGUGCGGCUGGGCAGUACACGCUCUUGGAGAAGCAACUAGUCUCUGGUUUUUCUCCCGCUCGCCAUGGCCUGGGCGCCCGCGUCCUGCAGGAUUCAACCAACUGGCACGAUACUCAACUCUUCCCGCCUCGCUGGGGCCCGCGGAGGCCGGAGGGCCACUGGUUCUCGGGGAAGGAUCCGAGCAAGGCGGCCUCUUCCCCCAAGGCGCAAAGGCAGCCUCCCCUUUCUUACGACGGGCUGUCCCCGAUGUGCAGGAGAGACGUGAGCAGCAAGGCGGCAAAGGGCCCCGCCGAAGGCUGCAGAUGGAGCCGAGGAGCCCCCAAGAGCAAAGGCGAGCUGCUCCCUGCCCGGGCCCCUCCCAGCUACGAAGCCCACAUGCUGCUGCGUUUCCGGGCCGGGCCGGGCCCCCGUAAGGAGAACUGGCCUCGCCCGCCGCCCUAUAUUGCUCCGCCAUCCUACGAGGCGCCCCACCGCACCGUGCAGCCCAAGCAGCGCGCCAGCAAGGAAGCCUCGACGGCGAAGCAGAGCCAGGCGGAAGCCCCCAAGAAAGGCCGCCAGGGAACCAGGAGAGCCUGCGAGUCCGGACCGGCGGGGCGGAAGGCAGGGCGAAGCCCGUCGAAGCUGCCUGGUAGUUGGAGCUACCUCUCCGGAGCCACGACGUGCGGAGGAGGAGGCUUCGGGGCGCAGCCGGAGCGAGCAAGGUCCCGCUACCCUUUGGGGUCCUGCUGGGACGCGAGUCCCCAGCACCGGGGCCACACCCUGCCCAGGGCAACGAAGAGAGGCGAGCCUGGCCGACGCCACCCUGGCAGUCCCCUCCAGCACACGCUCCCUGCUGGCUGGGGCUUCAGCCACGCAGCUGGCUGGCCUGAAGCCGCCGUCGGAGGGGAGAGCAGAGCAGCGGGCGAGCAGCGCAGGUGCAGCUUCCCCAAGUGGAAGGAGCCGGGAGGCAGAUCGACGCCUCGAAGGCGCGGAGGUCUGUUUGUCAUCGACGCCACGUGCGUGGUGAUCCAAGCCCACUACAUCCCGCCCCCUCGGACGGAGCGGGUCCGCUACUUGGGCCGCGAAGAGACCGCCGCCCCAUCGCCCGGCUCCCCGGCCCCGGCGUCGAUGGAGGAGCGAGCUGCUCGCAUCCUGGGUCUCUCCGUCAGCGAGCUGGGCUUCGCCGGGGCGGGAGGAGGAGGAGGAGAGGCCUCGGGGCCAGGGAGCUCCGCGAGCCACGCGGCUCCUUUCGGGGAUGCCCGGGCAGUGGGGCAGCCUGCCGGGCCUCCUUCCGCCCCGACCAGCCCCGCGAAGCCCUUAGCAGCCCCCGCCACCGACGGCUCCCAGGCAGGGCUGGCGUGCCCCAGCCAGAGACGGGCAGCCGCUCCUGGCCAGGAAGGCGGCUGCCCGCCCCGAGGCGAGAAAGAAGCCGAAGCAAAGCCCGCGCUGCCCUCGCCGAGCAGAUCCUACAUCUGGGAUCUGAAGGAAGCCAUGUCGAGGAUCCGCCGGCACACCGCGCCGGAUUCGGACACGGACGAGGAGCUGGAGCAGGAGCAGGAGGGGCAGCUGGCCUGGAAGCGGCGGCUGGGCGAAGGGGCCCCCUCCGGCAGCAGCAGCAGCAGCAGCCUCGACAGCACCAGCAGUUCCAAUGCCACCGUGGUGCCCGGGAGUGCCCCCCCCCCUUGAGCCUGGCCGAAGCAGGGCCACAGCCAUGAAUUGAAACCCACAUUUCAGAGCCCCAGCACCCCCACCCCGUCUCCCAAGUGCCUGGUAUCCCUAUGCCUCUGCCCAGCCGCCUCUCCUUGCCACAGGCUCAGGGACACACGUGUUCAGGGCUGUGGGGUGUGGAGGGGAAGGACAUAGCCGUAGUAACACUUCCCAUAUCUGGUUCUGUACUCCAGUGUGGAGCCUACACAUCCACUAAUUACUAGAUGCUAGGGAGAACCUAGAGGAUAACCCUCCCUGGAAGGCCCUACAAUGCACACUUCUUGGGUGCUUUUGCCAGCCUAGAGUGUGUUGCUGAAUACUAGCAAUGCCGCUUGCUUGCCUGGACAGAGGGUAGAGAGGGCUGCUGCCCCAGUGCACAUAUAAACUGGGCUCCUGCACAAAGAUAAACAUUUGUUGCUCCACCUACUUUUGCUGCUGACCCCGCCUUCAUGCGGCCCCUGUAAGACUGCGUAGAAGGGAAUGUGGCCCUUGAGCUAAUAAAGGUUCCCUAUCCCUGCCUUAGCUGAAGACAGACAAGAGGGGGAGAACAGGUCCCUUUGGUUUGACCAGGCAAGGCUAUCCUUACAUAGCAGGUAUAUUUACAAUAAAGCUACCAAGACAUUUCCCCCCUGCUUUUCUAUGUCCAUAUGAUUAUUGCGGUCCAUGUGUGCCAGGUAUUCAGGAACUAAUAAAAAUAAUAAAAAUAGUAAACCAAACAUGUCUUUCAAACACAAGCUGGAUGAUGCAUUCUCAGUUUGAUUAAGCCAAGAAAUACAUCAGUGCCUCCUAACACCCCAAAGAAAUACAAGUUAAGAUCCAUACGUCAACAUUAGCAUGAAAAUUGUUUCUCAUUGUUCAGUGAGCUGCUGAGACAGUGCUUAAACAACUGGGG